AUGACAGUCGCGCAACUCGUCAACGCGCAUUUCGAGGAGAAGGGGAUCCAGCGACCCAGACACCGAUUCUUUACAUGCAAGACGUGUAAUGAGGAUCUUCCCUUGCAGCAAAAAACCGUCUUCGUCGACCGGCCCCCUCACAUUCUUUGCGUCGCGCUCAACAUCAAAGAGCCCGACACCCUCCCGGAUCUCAACGACUGGAGGGAAGUGUUGGAUGGUUUCGAUCUUGCAUUCGAAACGAUCCAAGGCUCGACUCGCCACGUGUUCUACGAAUGCGUAGCUCUCGUCUACAUCGCUGGGCCCGAGAACAAUCACUGGGUGGCUGCCAACCGCGUGCAGUGCUCAGAGCAAAAGAACAGGCCCACAGGUUACAGAUGGCUUCUCUGCGAUGGAAUGAAGACCACAUGCUCGGUGAUCAGCGGCAGAACAUUCAACCCGUUGAUCAGAAAGGGCAAGGUAGCGAGACUGCUAUACAAGAGAGUAUAUGUAGACAUUGAGCACGAUGGAAAAAUGGUUUAG